AUGUCGCUCGACAGCCUCAACGUCACGGAGCAGAUCUACUCCGUCGCAGCAGGACACACAUCGCACUACCUUGUCCAGUCUAGAGCAAAGGAUGGCGUUUGGGAGCUAGCUCUCUGGCUCCGCCCAAACGCCCAGGAACCAAACAACCUCCAGCUCUGGAUCGGUAUCGGCGAGGACACGAGCAAUGUCGACGAGAUCAGCAGGGCCAUGAUCAAAGGUGACAUGAGCGUCGACACCCGUCCAAACGGGGGCAGGAAGAAGAACAGCGUGUACCUCGACGCCGCGUCUGUGUCCGAGAAUAUCGGUCUCCUUCUCGACGGUGCAUUCCUGCGAAACGAGGGCAGUGCCGCAGCCGUCCAAGCUGACCUCGACGCGGCCAACAUCGAGAAGCUCGGAGGACGCAUCCGUGCGCAACAGGCCGAACUCCAACGCGCGGCGCACACUGGGCUCACCGCCCAAGAAGGUUCCGCCGAAGGGCGCGAGCCAGCUGCAGCCGUACCAGAAGCGGUGAGCUGA